GCAAGUAAACACUCAUUGCUGUUGCAAAUACUCCUGACUGUGUUUAAAGCAGGUAGAAUUAGCUGUCUCCUGUAACUGUUCACACAGUUUAAAGGUGUUUGGAAGUGAACCCGGAGUACUGCGGAGACCUCUGACUACAGGUUCUGCUGCUGCUAGCAGACCAUGACUUCACUCACUCUGAAAGGAGUGACAGUGAAUUUUCCCUUUCCUCCAUAUGACUGUCAGAAGGACUACAUGAGCAAAGUGAUAGAGUGUCUUCAGGAGAAGGCCAAUGGGGUUCUGGAGAGUCCAACAGGUACCGGUAAAACCCUGUGCCUGCUCUGUGCCACCCUGGCCUGGAGGGAGCGCUUCAAGGACACCAUCUCUGCCCGCAAGAUCACAGAGAGGCUCAAAGGAGAGGAGAUGUUCUCAAACACACCGCUGUCCUCCUGGGGGACGGCUGCUACAGACGGAGACACACCAACCUACUACACCGAUGUCCCCAAGAUCAUUUACGCAUCCAGAACACACUCUCAGCUGGCUCAGGUUAUCAAGGAGUUAAAGAAUACUACAUACAAGCCGAAGGUGUGUGUCCUGGGAUCAAGAGAGCAACUGUGUAUCAACCCAGAAGUCAUGAAACAUACGAGCAACCAUGUUAAGGUCCAUUCGUGCAGAGCCAAAGUUUCCACAAGAUCAUGUGUCUACUACAAUAACGUGGAAGAGAAGAGCACUGAGAAAGAGCUGGUGAAUUCCGUCCUCGAUGUGGAAGACUUGGUCAAAUUCGGCAACAAACAGAGGACAGCAACAUAUGAUUUUGAAAUAUGA